AUGGCGGCACCUACAAAAGACGGUAGCAUAGAUUUCUUCAAUAAUCCAGCCAACAAAGAGAAGACCGGAAAAUGGAGAGCAUCCAUUUUUAUUUUCGGAUAUCAGUUUCUGGAGAAGUUAGCAUAUUACGGUGUGAGUACUAAUCUGGUUAAUUAUUUUAAAAAUACCUUAAACGAAAGAUCAGUAAAUGCUGCAAAUAAUGUGACAAAUUGGUCGGGAACCUGUUUUCUCACACCAGUGAUUGGAGCAUUUUUGGCAGAUGCAUACUGGGGCAAAUAUUGGACAAUUAUAGUCUUCUCGGUCAUCUAUGUUAUGGGCUUAACGAUCUUAAUGAUGUGCGUUGCCUUUCCAUCAUUAAAGCCAUCAUGUGACUCGACCACAGCCACAGGCCAAUGCCACCCAACAGAAUUACAAAUUGUGGUGGCAUAUAUAUCUUUGUACAUGGUGGCUCUUGGAUUCGGGGCAACCAGGCCAUGUGUCUCGUCGUUUGGGGGCGACCAGUUCGAUCACACCGAUCAGAUAGAGAAGAAACAACGAAGCUCUUUCUUUAAUUGGUCCUAUAUGUUACAAAAUGUUGGAAUGUUACUCAGUACUUCCGCAGUGGUAUGGCUUGAGACCAACAUUAGCUUGGCUUGGGGCUAUGGUGUUUCGACCGCUGCUAUGGCUAUAGGACUGGGUUGCUUUUUAUUGGGAACUCGAUUGUACCGCUUUCAACACCCUGUUGGGAGUUCCUUGACAAAAAUGUGUCAGGUUAUAAUUGCCUCUAUUCGAAAAUAUGACAUUAGACUUCCUUAUGAUCAAUCAGUUCUCUACGAGCUUAGCCGCAUCAAAGAAGAAGAAGAAGAAGGAAACAAUAUUAUUCAAGCAACAUACAAGCUUCAACAUACUGACCAAUUAAGGUUCUUUGACAAGUCAGCCGUUGAGACUCAGAUUGAUAGAACAGCUGAGGGAUUAGCAAACCCUUGGAGGCUUUGCACAGUCACUCAAGUGGAGGAGUUGAAGUGCAUUGUGCGACUACUUCCUAUAUGGGCUUCUGGAAUAAUGUUUGCCACUAUCUUAAGCCAAAUGAGUGCAAUAUUUAUUCUACAGGGUAACAAGAUGGACCCUCAUUUGAUCAUCAUCAACCCAAAUUUCAAGGUGCCAUCGUCGUCACUAUUAGUCUUCAAUGCUCUAGGAGUCAUUGUGUCAACUCCAAUAUACGAUUGGGUUAUCCUCCCUACUGCUAAAAAAUUAACUGGUUAUGAACAAGGGUUCACCCAGCUGCAACGGAUGGGAAUAGGGCUUGCCAUUUCUGUUGUUGCGAUAGUGAGCGCCGGAGUCUUGGAGCAUAUCCGACUCAACAUCGUGAGAAAGCACAACUACUAUGACAUUGAAUUUGUACCCGUGUCGAUUUUCUGGCAAAUUCCUCAGUACUUCUUGGUCGGGUUUGCAGAGAUUUUCAUCUUAGUGGGACAAAUCGAGUUUUUUUAUGACCAAGCGCCAGAUUCUUUGAGGAGCUUGUGUUCAGCACUAUCACUCACGGCUAUGGCCUUAGGAAAUUUUUUCAGUAGUUUUAUUGUCACAGUCGUGACUAGAGUGACAACUCGAAAUGGGAACUUGGGUUGGAUUCCAGAGAAUAUUAAUAAAGGACACCUUGAUUACUACUAUGGCCUAUUGACUCUCCUCUCCCUAUUUAAUUGCGUUGCCUAUGUCUGGGUUGCUAGUUACUAUAAGUAUAAGGGAAUGAGAUGUUGA